UAGCAUUCAAAUGGGAAAAGUAACACACAAAAGAAAUACCGACACUUCAACUGUGGAGACCUCAGCCAAUGCUUCUGAAAAUGCAGGUAUUGUUAUCUCUGCCUUUGACGAGAGCACAACUGCCGAUCACUUUGCCUUGAUCACUCACGCCGUUGAUCGUCACCGUCUUCGUAUUUUCAAUGUGCGUUCGGGCACCGUCAGCAACGAUUAUUCAGCCCAAGAAAAGGAAAAGAUUACAUGUCUGUCAUGGGGAUAUUUAAAAGACACUGGUGAUUUACAGGCAAAUACCGUCCAAGCAUUUAAGAAGAAGAAGAGUGGUAUUGCCUCUUUAUCCAAAGCAAUUGCUCUUGGUAUGCAAUCUGGAUCUAUUGCAAUGUACUCUCUUUCUCAUGGUGCUAUCAUCAAGGAGUUGACUGGUAGCCAUACAUCUUCUAUCACAGAUUUCGUGAUGACCAAGGAUGGCUCCAGAGGUUAUUCAGUUGCAGAAGACAACCUUAUUGUCGAAUGGGAUAUCGAGGAAGGAAAAGAAAUUUUCAAGUGGAAGACAGACGCCAAAAAUGUACACAAGUUAAAAUUGAGUCAUGACGAAAAGAAAUUAGCUACUGCGGGUCAUACUAUCACACUUUGGGAUUUGAGUACACACAGUGUGGUGAAGAAAUUCACAGGACAUGCUAGUGCUGUAAAAGAACUUGCAUUCUCUAGCCAAGACGAUGUGUUAGUAUCCAACGCCGAAGAUGAUCGUUAUGUCAAUGUUUGGGAUGCUCAAACAACUAAUACCAACUCCAACAACCUUACUGCAUUGACCCUCGAAACCAACGUAACACAUAUUGAUUUUUCUAAUAAUGAGCCAUCUGUAUUAGCAGUAACUGAUGAUGGCCUUGUCGGUAUUUGGGAAAAUGCAUCCUUCACCACUACUACAACUGCUGCCACCGCUGGUAACAGAAGAAAGAUGAUGCGUUCCAUGACAAAAGAAGCUGACGCCAACGUAAAGAUUAUUUCUACAGCAGCCGAAGACACUGUCAUUCCCAUCUUGGCAGCAAAAUUCGUUAGCGACAAUAGUGGUAAAUCCAUCAUGAUUGCUCGUGGAUCCAGUGUUAAGCCUUCUUUUGAAGUGGUGAAAUAUGUGGAUGAACAAGGUGCUAUUAUACAUGAUGUUACUUUAAGCAGACAACCCAUCACAAAUUACUUGAUCGAUACUUCCUCCAUUGCAGCUACCAAUUUGAAAACAACUCGUAAGGCAUAUGAUGAAUCCGCUGUGACGGUGGUAGGAAAUACUGAUUUCGUCUCUAAGGGGCCUACUAUGGCCACUUACAAGGAUGAUGAUGACGAGGAAGAGGAAAAUGUUGAGUUAUCAAUCGAACAAAAGCUCCAAAGCUUGGACGUUGCUGAUACAACACAAUCUAAAAAGAAGCAAAACAAAAAGAAGACAGUCGACACACCUUCUGCUGGAUCAUUACAGACAGUUUUAGUUCAAGCUUUGCAUUCUGGUGAUGCUGCCUUAUUAGAAGCAUGUUUGCAACACACAAAGAUCGAUGUGAUCAACAGCACCGUUAGAAGAUUACCUACCGAAUACUUGAUCCCUUUGAUGAUGGAUUUAAUUACAAAGUUUCAAGAAAAGCCUAGUCGUGCACCUGUACUUUUGAUUUGGAUCAAGUCCGUUCUUUUAAUCCAUACAGCUUAUUUGAUGACCGUGCCUGAUUUAGUGGGCAAGCUCUCUAAUUUCUAUCAAGCCCUUGAUACGCGUCUUGGUGUAUUCCCUAAAUUACUCGCUUUAAGAGGUCGUUUGGAUAUUGUCCAAAGUCAAGUCAAUGUCAAAUCUUACUCAAAUAUUAAUGAUAAACAGUUAAAACGUGCUCAGUUACCUGAAAAUGUUUACGUUGAGUUAGAUUCAGAUGAUGAGGCUGAUGUAGAAGAAGAUUUAAGUAUGGAUGAAGAUGACGAAGAUAUGUCCUCCGAUGAAGACAUGGAUCAAGAUAUUUCAGAUUCUGAAGAAUCGAGUGAAGAAGACCUUUAGAUUUUUUAAGUUUUUUUUUUUUGUUGUGUAUAAUAAAUAGUGCACCCAUAGUCUGGGUUGUUCCGGAGAUGAAAGUGUUUAUAGAGGCG